CAACUCGUUAUCGAUAAACGCGCGGUAAACUUGCAUUUGCGUCCUGCUUUAUUUAUAAUUUUGUCAAGAAACAAGGAAACCGGUAUGCAAGCCUUUUUGAAAACGGGAAAAUCAACGGCGGGAACCGGAGACAAGAGCCAGGGUGCUCCAGCGGCGCGGCGCAAGCCACCGGCUCCGUGGGUGGAGAAAUACCGGCCACGCAACGUGGAUGAUGUGGUGGAGCAGUCCGAGGUGGUGGCCGUGCUGCGCAAGUGCGUUGAAGGCGGGGACCUGCCCAAUAUGCUGCUCUAUGGACCGCCCGGAACGGGCAAGACCAGCACGAUCCUGGCUGCCAGCCGGCAGAUCUUCGGCGACAUGUUCAAGGACCGCAUCCUCGAGCUGAACGCCUCCGACGAGCGUGGCAUCAAUGUGGUGCGCACCAAGAUCAAGAACUUCUCGCAGAUUUCGGCCAGCAGUGUGCGUCCGGACGGUAAGCCGUGUCCGCCCUUUAAGAUCAUCAUUCUGGACGAGGCCGAUUCGAUGACCCAUGCCGCACAGUCGGCGCUGCGUCGCACCAUGGAGAAGGAGAGCCGGAGCACCCGCUUCUGCCUGAUCUGCAACUAUGUGUCCCGAAUUAUCGUGCCCAUCACGUCGCGUUGCUCGAAAUUUCGCUUCAAGGCGCUGGGCGAAGACAAGGUGAUCGAUCGGCUGAAGUACAUUUGCGAGAUGGAGGGGGUAAAGAUCGAGGACGAUGCCUAUAAAUCCAUUGUCAAAAUUUCCGGCGGAGAUCUGCGCCGCGCUAUCACCACCUUGCAGUCCUGCUACCGCCUUAAAGGGCCCGAGCACGUCAUCAACACUGCCGAUCUGUUCGAGAUGUCGGGCGUUAUACCGGAGUACUAUCUGGAGGACUACCUAGAGAUCUGUCGCUCUGGAAACUACGAGCGCCUGGAGCAGUUCGUGCGGGAGAUCGGCUUCUCCGCCUACAGCGUUGGGCAAAUGAUGGAACAGUUCGUCGAGUUCAUUGUCCAUCAUCCGGGGCUGAAUGAUCCGCAAAAGGCCACGAUCUGCGAUAAGCUGGGCGAAUGCUGCUUUCGACUGCAGGACGGCGGCUCCGAGUAUCUGCAGAUCAUGGACCUUGGCUGCUGCAUCAUCUUAGCUUUAAAGUAACCUCAUCCCACUCAGCACAUUCAUUACAUGUAUUUUUUUUUCGCGACUGAAGUCUAAAACAAAUGGUGUAUUUAAUAUGAAAA